AUGACACUGGCAACCUUCCUAAAGGUUAAUCCGCCUAAGUUUAAGGGAACCACCACUCCGACUGAAGCCGAUACCUGGUUUCGUGCUAUGGAGCGAGCACUGCAAGCGCAGUUGGGAACACGACGCCUCCUACAGUAUGAUGAUGAUCCUAUUUUCUGGAGUGCCUUCCAGGUGGAAUUUUAUAAGAAGUACUUUCCAAAUUCUGUACGGACAGCAAAGAAACUUGAGUUACUGCAGCUGAAGCAGGGUGCUAUGUCCGUGUUGAAAUAUACAAGGAAGAGAGAAGAGGGAGAUCCGAGAGAGGGGAGUGCCGGUGGAGGCGGUCGCACCAUCCUCGCAGAUCGUCGUUGCCGCUGCGUCCUGCUGCUUGCGCCGCCGCCGCCGUCCAGGAAGCUGCGGUUUCUGCUCGCCGUCGCCGUUGAGAUCGCGAAGAGAGAUGGCUCACGAGUGAAGGGAGGCCGCGGGCUUGGAGCCGCCGCGCCUUCGUCGCCGCUGUUCGCCUUUCCUGUCGCCGUCGUCCAACGCGAAGCCAGCCGCGGUCGCUGCACCUCCCAGCCGUGUCUGCCGCCGCCGUGUCGUCGAGGGGGAAGCCGUCGGGUCACAGAGCGAGAGAGAGAGAGACAAGGCACGGGAGCAGAGGAGAGAAAGGAGAGACCCACGCCAGCCACCGCCGCUUAUGCAGCUCGAAACCCCGCUGCCGCCGCCGGAGUGUGCAUUACCGGUAAGGGAUUUAAGCUUGGCUUCUAUUCUUUUGGAUUCCGGGAACCUUUAUCGUCACUGCAUGUCUAUUUCAGCUCUCCGCCGCCGAUGCUUGUUGUUCUGAAUUGCUGCACCGUCGUUGUCGCCGUUCAGGUCACUGGGAACAUGGCAGUGAUCACCGGAACCACCAUUGGAGUUACCGUUAUUUCAAUUCAGCCGUUCGUCCUUAUUUGGGAUCGAGUUCCGGGUCUUGAUUGCUGAGUUUUAUGGUUGUAGCAUACAACAUCAAGGUGCUGUGUCGUCACCGGAGCUACUGUUGCUCCAUUUUCUCAAUUAUUUGUAAGCCCAGUAAGUCGUUCCUUGUUCCAAACUCUUUUAGUUGCUAUUCUGUUAUAGACUAUUGAGUUUACGCAAC